AUGGAACAACUGCGGUAUGAAGUGUUACAGGAGUUUAAGAAGGGUAAUUUCGUUGUAAAGUGGAAAGAGAGCGCUUUCAAUGAAGUAAGCGCUGACCACAGCCUCGAGUGGUUGAACGGCAUAUUGGUAAACGAGGAGGUGGAAUUGUUGGUAUAACUAAGACAUCUUCAGCCUUGAGCUAGUGCGUUAACUGUUUUAACUAAUACAUUUUAUAUCCAGUUCCUUAUUUCAAGUGUCCAAAUAAUGCUAAAUCGGGCGCAAACAUGCAGCCUUCAUCGGCCAGUGACUUAUUUGGAUAACUGGUUAUUUGCUUGGUAGAAAACCGGUUUUAGAUCGAUACUCGCGUGUGCAUUAUUUAAUAAAGUGUCAAAAUACGGAACAAUCAACUUGUAGAAUAUAAACAAUGCUACAUACAAUUAUAUAUUUACCAAAUGGUGUAAAAUUUAUUAUUUUCUACUUCCAAGGUGGGCUCUGCCUUAUAAUUUGCGGUGGGAGAUUGCUGAGAGAACUCAUGAGAUGUUUGGCCUAGUUCAAGAGGAUACGUAUUCUCACAACGAAUCUGCGCCUGCAAGAAUUGUUCGCGACAAUAAGGAUGAAGAGUCACUCAUUUCCGUCCUCGAGCAGCAUCAUGUGUUUUCACCAACAUCCCAUCCAGAAUGUCUUUUUAGCAUCGCUACGAAAGGUUUGGCCACCGUCGAGAUUCAGGAAUCACUGUUAGGCGCGAAAGAUAUGGGACAGAAACAAGUUAAAGACUUCGUACAGCAAUGGCUGACUGAACCACUUCAACAGCAACCUAAUAACGAGCAAGGGGAUACCAAGGUUCAAUUUACGGAUACAAUGCACGAGAACAAUGCUUUACUUUCGAUUCGUUGUAUCAAGUCGCCAAAGGGGGCAAAGAGAAAGAAAAGAACACGAUUUUACGCGCUGACAGGAGUGUUUUACAGCGUCUUAUCGUUGCUUACGGAGCUGGUCGAGAAGUAG